CUUUCUUUACUUUCUUUUAUGAUUUCUCAGUUUCUUACGUUUCUAGAGUUGCUUCUCUGAAACGCUUGUACGUUACCUCUAAAUCUAAAAGCUGCUUGAGUUCAGCUUCUCUUUUCUUUCUCUCAUGGAACUUCUUUCUAAUUCUGUUUAUCAAUGUAAUUUCAUUUUUAUCCUUGACAUAUCUAAAGAGUUUACUUUCUUUCGUUUGCCAUUUCUCUGUUUAGAUCUCGAGAAUACUCUGAGAAGGAAUACGGGUUCCAUUAUAUAUAAUUGUUUUUUUUUUUCUUUUUAAAUCUUGUAUUGCAUCAAGGGUCUGUAAUCCCGAGUAGAGCUUUUUGGGUUUCUUUUUAGUUUCUUUUGGAGUUGUUAUUGCUUUUCCGUUAUGGGUUUCUCUUAUUUAUGGUCAACAUUUUUUUUUAACAAAACUUCAUUUCAUUUCUGGUAAUAAACUUUGUACAUCAGUUCCCAUAUGUGGGAUACAUAUAUUUACAUCAAAUCCCCUUUUGCAUGCACCAUAGGCCAAAAGAAGAGCUAACAAGGUCGGAGAUCUAUUUACAUUAAUACUUAUCGAAAUGUGUUAAAGGAUUAGACACAGCAUCACGAAGAGGUAGUUCAAUCCAUGUGCAGGAACUGUGGUUGUCCUUUAGGUUAUUUUCUAUAUUAGCAGCAUCAGGAAAGACUUGUAACCUUCUAAAGUUCCUGUUGGCUGCUUGUUGAAGACCCCUGAUAACUGCAAACCAUUCUAAGUCAGUACUUCUGCAGCCUUGCAUGUUUUCCUUAUGUAAAAAAUAACAUUGUUAUUUCUUUCUGGAGUUUAUGCAUCCAGUUGCAGAUCUUCUUGUAACAGGGUCAUACGAUCCAUCCACGUGAAUGUAAACAUCAAGAUUAUUGAUCAUGCUAGUUGCAGAUUUGGUGAGCACAUCAGAGCUGCUUAAUUGCUAAACAACAGGAUUGUUAGGCUCAGAGUUCUCCCAGAUGAAAGAAUUUACUUUUUGAAUAACUUCCAAGUGACUAUGCCUGUCAUUAUGUAGCGUAUUAUUCCUUUCAUCCUUAAAUUAGUCUUAGCGGCACAAUAAACUUGGCCACUAGUGAUUGUUUCUCAACCCUCUCUGUAUGUUGAAGCUUGUCCGCCUACCAUUCUUCCAUUAUCAGAUGGAUAGGUUUACUCCCCACUCUAUCUGGAUUAAUACCAAUUCUGGUUGCUAAUUUCAUAUACCUGUAAGACCUUAUUUCAAUUUAGUGGAUUUUUUUUUGAAUUUUUGAUGGAUGAAAAAUAAAAAAAAAAUUCUCUGGGUCUAUUUCAAUGAGAAUGAGGAAUGGGCCCAAGGCAGAAAUGAAGCAUUCCCGUGGCACUAAAAAAAAUUGUGUCCUGGCAGAACUCACAAAGGCUAUCACCUUCUACACCAACUUGAAUGAUGGCCUUCUUGCAAGGGUUCUCUCCUUCCCCUCUCUGGCAGCCAUCAUCAUCAUCGAGAAUAUCCUGUUUAGAGCUUGGUAGUACGGUGAAGAUUGUAAGAGAGAUUUUGCAUCUUCCAAGAAUAUUUGUUUUAUAUCUAUAAAUUCCAACCGAGGAUUUAUAGAUGAAGAAGUUGUUCUUUUUCAGAUCUUCUACAUCCAUCAAUGGGAACAAAAAUUCUGUUCCUCCAGAACCAACUGAUGAGAAAGUUUAUUGGGAGACUUUGGAAAAUGGAAUUAACAAUGAAGUCAAUGAUAAGGGUGUGAGCAGAACAAAGAGCCCCAAGGUUAAACCUCAAAAACAGUUCUCUGGAAGCCCAAACUCUGAAACUAGUCCGGGACUAUCAAGUCUUAGAAGAAGCAGGUCAUAUUCAUCAGCUACUUCCUACAGUGGCAGUUCGGGAGAAAGAAAUUUGACUUGUAUAAGUCCCAAUAGAUCUCCUUUAACUAGUAGCAACAUCAUGCCUCUUCCCUCUGAUUAUUCUGAUAGUUGCAGGUCCUUCAAUCCAGAGAAGCAGUCCAAAGCAACUAGAGGUGGAGGGGCAGCUACCCAAAAGACACAUGGGCAAGAGAAUGUUGAUUCUCCUUGUUUAUCCAGAGAUUACCAUGAGAACUCUUCUUAUGUCUCCAAAGCAAUCCCACUUAGAUGUGGGUCCAAUCACUUAACCGAACCCUCAACCAAAGUGCUUGACCUUUACAUUGAUGGAGAGUUGCAUAAUGAAAGGAUCUUAAAGCCAAGGAACAGUUCUUUUCAAAGGAACCCUCCAGGUACUGGAAGUGGUUGUGGUUGGCGACCCCCCCGAGUUCAGUCUACAGCACCGGCUUCACCAACUUGUAGAAGUAAAGAGAGAUCAAGGUCUUAUUCAUUUGGAGAAAUGAGAGACAUACAUGAUGUCUUUCCAACUAGAAAUUGGACAAACGGAAAAUUUGGGUCUGAAUCUCCACAGGAAUUAGCAAAGAAUGUGGUUGAAAGAUUGUCCUUGGUAUUUCCUCAGAAACAAGAGGUAAAUGCUAGGGAUUUCAUCCCUGGCAUCCCUACCACUGUGGAAGAUGUACUUGAGGACUAUUUGGACCCACAUCCUACUUCAAGUUCAGAUGGGGUUGUCCAGAAAAGUUACCCGUCCGCUGGCUGUUACAAAAUCAUCAAUGGGGAGGAAAUGCCAGGCUUUGAGAAACAAUGCUAUCUUCUUGGGGAUGUUUCAGAUGGUCCUUACUCAGUACAGAUGGAAGAUGAAGAUGUUGAAUUACAUAGGAAAGCAAAAGAAAUAGAGGAAAGGUUUUUGCUUUCUUCUGGAGAGCUCGAGCAAGAGCACCUUCUCCAAGAUAGUGGACCCAGUGCAUCUGUUUUGUUUCGGACGAUCAGAAAUCUCUCCACUGACUGUAGAAAUUUGGCUGUUGAGCUCUCUACCCAAUUACGGUGUCGAAUUACUGAUAGAGCCUCUGCUAAGGAAGCACUUAGAGUUGCAAAGGUUGAUUUAGACUCACAGACAAGGCGACUAGAGAGGGAAAAGAAUGAAUUGCAGGCUGGACUAGAGAAGGAAUUAGACAGAAGGUCCAAUGACUGGUCCUGCAGGCUUGAGAAGUACCAGUUGGAAGAGCAGAGGUUACGGGAACGGGUAAGGGAGCUGGCAGAGCAGAAUGUCUCCCUCCAAAGAGAAGUUUCUUCCCUUAGUGGUAAGGAAACGGAGAACAGAAAUAGAAUUGUGUAUUCAGAACAACAGUUAAAGGAUCUGAUGGAAAGAGUGGAACAAGUAAAUGAAGAAAACCAGGCUCUUCGGAAAACCCUGUCAGAUUUGCAAGAUAAGCUUAGAGUGGUUGAUGCAGAUAAGAAAUGUAUCCAAAGGAACUACAAAGAGAAGGAGAAUGAAAACAAGGAGUUGCAGAAAGCUAUUACAAGAUUACAGAGGACCUGCGCUGAACAAGAGAAGACGAUUGUUGGCUUGCGACAAGGACUUGAAGAAGAAAUAAAACGGAAGCAAUUUUCUGAGGCAUUUGAUAAUCAUGUGUUGAAGUUGCAAAUGGAACAAGUGAGGUUGACAGGGGUGGAGCAGUUUUUGAGAAAAGAAGUGGAAUCUUAUAGGUUUGAAGUUGAGUCCCUUCAGCACGAGAAUAUUAAUCUGUUGGACCGCCUGAGAAGCAGUGGAAAUGUGGGUACAUCUUCAUCUUUCAAGUUAGAUCAGGAGCUGUUUGCCAGGAUUGAUUGCUUACAAAGUAAAGCCCUGUUGUUGCUCAAUGAGAGCAAUCAACUAUGUGUAAAGUUCUUGGACUUUGUUAAAGGGAAAAGAGGACAAAUUCUUGAAGGCAUUGAGAAGGGUCAAGCAGAUAAAAGUGGUUUAGAUGAUUAUUUUGUUGUGGAAUCUGAUAUGAAAGUCCAAAGUUUGAAGAGGGGAACUGAAAAUUUGAGAAGAAGUUUGCAGACAAUAGCUGAGGUAUUACAUGAGAAGUCCAAAUUAACAGCAUCAGAAUCUCAGUCACAAUGCAUUGAUGAUGGUGGGUUGGGGGAACUGAGUGGUCAGGAUUUGGAGGACGAUAUUGAGUUCAUGCUCAAGGAACAAAACCUAAUAACAAGGGUAUUGAGAGAAAAAUUGUGUUCCAAAGAGAUGGAAAUCGAACAGCUGCAAGCUGAAGUAGCAACAGCAGUAAGGAAUCAUGACAUUCUUGGCUGUCAAGUUCAGAAUGCACUUGAUGCUCUAUCCUCUAUGGCAUACAAGAUGAAGGAUCUUGAACUUCAGAUAUUGGAAAAGGAUGAGAACAUAAACCAGCUUAAAUGUGAUCUGCAUGAAUGUACAAAGGAGGUAAAGAUCACAAGAGGGAUACUGCCGAAAAUUUCUGAGGAGAGAGAUUCGAUGUUGGAGGAAGUAAAGCAGUUCAGGGAGAUGAACAUGUUACUGGAUGCUGAGGUUAACUUGUUGAAGAAGAAGAUUGAAGCCCUAGAAGAAGACAUUCUUCUCAAAGAAGGUCAGAUAACAAUCUUGAAAGACAGCCUAGCCAACAGACCAUAUGACAUUCUUUAUGACCCCAAGUCUAUGCAAGAAUUUACACUGGAUUGAAGUCUCUUUUCUUUGUAUGAAGAACCAUUAUGUUUUUUCGGUUUUGGUUUCCUUUUUUUUUUCAUUAGUUAAGUAGCUAUUACUGCAGUUGAAUUGGUUGUAAAUUUCCUUCGCAUAAUUGUCAUAGGCGUUUUAGUAUUCCUAAUUACUUUUGAUUUUUGUUUUCUUUUAAAUUGAGGGUUCACUAAUUGUAAAUUGGAAUUUUAUGAAUGCUGGAAUGG